GCGACACCCAAGUGCAAGUACGGGGUUUUCUUCCCCGAGCAUACUGGCUACCUCUACGUGAGGAAGUUAGCACCAGGUAACGAAGGCGGCGUGGCGCUUGUUCGAUCCAUUACUGACGGAAUGCAGUGUGUUAGGAAGAGUACACAUCCCCAAGACCAUAAGGAUCCCGAAAGCAAAAUUGCUGAGGUACAGUUUCAUCGUCCCCAUCCUUUGAUCCCAUGUCUCAUUUGGUCUCAGGAUCAUAAAGUACUAAAUAUAGAUCAUAAGGACCACAACACAUUCAAAUCGACGGUGAUGAUUCACAAGUACUGCAAUGGUGGUACUCUUUACAACCUUGCUUGUUGGUGCAGUGCGGAUCCCGAGCCCAGAAAGUUGCCUGAGGCGCUGAUAUGGCGCAUGCUAGACCAGCGAAUCCAGACGUGGCUGUACUUGAUCAACAGCGAGCCCAGCACGACGCGUCUGGACUGUCAUAUGAACAACGUCUUCCUUCACUAUGAGGAUGGAGCCAAGUUGCCAGACUUUUACACUGGCGACCUAGGGCAUGCAAAACUCAUUGAUCCUAUCAUCUGGCAAGAGCCCUCACCCAACCUCUUCGGCCCCACGGCCUGGCCUGCAUUUCGGAGGAUUGGCCCGCUCGACCGCCUUGAUCGCAUCGUUACGGACCCUAACAAGCGACAAUCAUAUUUGGGUACGAUAGCGGAAAUCUCCUCUGACUUUAGUCACAUUUGGUACGCUCUCGUUGCUUUAAUGUUUCGAAUUGAUGUGGAAGAAAAUGAUCCGGACGACGAGGAGAUGAGAGAUCAGGCCAAGGCGUUACAAGAGUGGUCUCCCGAACUUUUCGAGUGCGAGGAGCGAAUCCGAGCCAUCAAAGGUUUCUGGGAAGGCGAAAAGUUCACCCGGUACAACGAAUUGGACACCCUGAGGUUUCAAAUCGCCCAAAUGGCACAGCGAAGCGCGCAGGCUGAUCCUCAAGCAGACACGACAAGCCAUCUCAGGUCUCUGGACACGUUCAGCUACGAGGAUGACAUCUUCGGCGACGAAGAAUUUCCUUUGGACGGUGCGCUUCUUCAAGAAUACAGAGGUGCGCAUUCUGGCUCGGGGCGACCAUGCGUUUUCGACUCCAGAGUCCCAUUGCUGCAGCUAGCCAGUGCCUGGCCAGAACCAUGGCGCAUCGCUCGCAUCGAAGAGAACACGGACAGGGUUUUCGGUGUCGAGAAGAUGACAUACAGCUUC